UAAUGUCACCCGCACGCGUCCUGUUCUCAGGUAAACUCUUCACCAUUUGUAACAAAAGAACAUCGGACUAUUGACUUCAAGUUUUCUCGAGUAGUGGUUUACACCAACAGAUAAAAUGUCUAAAAUUCUAGACGAAGAUAUGAAUUACGAUAAGAUUUUUUGGAUUGCUACAACAGCAAUGCGUCUGAAUCGCUCACAUCCGUCUAUCGCCCGAGACAAGUUCUGGCGCACUCAAUUUAUUGCAAUUUCGCUUGUAUCCCUAUCCUGUUUUAUAUUUUUAUUGUAUUCUAUUCUUUUCCACGAUAUACAAUGUGGACUAUUUGCUGAUGCUAGCAAAAAUGCUACAAUGGCCAUAGUCGCUUUCACGAUUACCUACAAAUACUCGAUUUUGUUACGAUACCAGGAUUCCGUUAUAGAACUUAUUCGCAUAGUGGAUGAUGAUUACGAAUUGGCCAAGGAGUUCUGUGAAGAGGAACAACGUAUCGUGCUUCACUAUUCUAAGCGAGGAGUCAAAGUAUGUCAGUAUUGGUUCAUUUCUGCUUGUUCAACGAGCGCUAUUUUCCCUUUGAAAGCGUUGAUGCUCAUGGGAAAAUCAUACAUGGCCGGCGAAUUCCAAUAUGUGGCAAUGUUCGAACUUACUUACCCGUGGAUCUUAGAAGAUUAUAAGAACGUUCAUAUUAUUUUUAUUAUGCUAUUCGGUUUGGCACUAUUCUUCGAUGUUUAUGCAACCUCAAUGUAUGUGGGGUUCGAUCCGAUGGUCCCGAUAUUUAUGCUUCACCUAUGUGGGCAGCUCGAUAUUCUUAAUCUUCGUAUAUCAAAGAUUUUCUCUGAUGCUAAAGAUUCCGAUGAAACUGUUCGUAAAAAUCUUAAAGAAAUUAUAUUGAAACUGCAGGAUGUUUACAAAUUCAUUGAAGUAAUUAAAACGAACUUUACAGUAUUGUACGAAUUUAUUAUGAAAACUACAACAUUUCUGCUUCCACUCACUGCGUUUCAAAUUACAGAGUCUUUACGGAGUGGAGAAAUAAACUUUGAAUUCAUCGGCUUCUUUACCGGUGUCAUUUUACACUUCUUCAUACCAUGCUAUUACAGCGAUCUUUUAAUGGAAACGGGUGAAAAGUUUCGUCUCGCAAUAUAUUCUUGCGGCUGGGAGAAAUACUCUGACAAGCGCACGCUACGCACCGUCCUGUUUAUGCUGACGCGAGCCAUCAAGCCAGUCGUUAUCAGCACGAUUUUUUGUGCCAUCUGUCUUGACACUUUCGCUGAGAUGUGCCGUGAAGCGUAUUCUAUUUUUAAUCUGAUGAAUGCAGCUUGGGCUUAGUGUCUCAAGGAGCCAGACAUUCAGCACUUACUUAAGUAGUUAGUGGUAGAAAAGACACA